AUGAAUUAUAAUUUAGAAGAUGUCUACUCUGACAUUUCAAGUUUUCUUACUAGAGAAAUAAGAGAAAAAGGAUUAUGGGGUGAUUUUGUUGCCAAAGCAAAUGAUUAAAAAUAGAUUACUUUCCCUAAUUUUGAAGAAGUUGUUAGAAAUAUAAUUAUAGAUAUAAGUAUCGAUGAAAUGGUAGCUUUAAAAGAAAAAUUAUUUAUCUAAUAAAUUACAACUUUAGCUGCUUUAGCAAAAGCAUUAAAAAUUAAUAUACUUGAUUAAAAUAAAAAAAAAACUUAGAUUUUGAUAAAUUAAAGAUAAGAUCAAUCAGAAGAUUCGUAAAGUUAGUCUGAUACAAAUUAUUAAGGUAAUCAUGGUUUAAAUAUUGUUUAAUAACAACAAGGAAGCUAAUAAAAUUUAAAUGUGUCACGAUCUUCAAGUUAAAGGUCAAUUAAUGUUAAUAAACCUAUAGAUAAAAGAUAAUUUUAACGAUAAGAUUUAUAAUAACUUUCAUAACAUGAUAAUUAUGUAGAGGAGUAUAAAAGAUAGAUUGCUGAGAAUAAAUAGGAAGACAAUGUUUCUGAACAUUAAAAUGAAGAUGAAUAACAACUUGUAUCAUAACAAUAAAAACCAGUUAGAUUAUAAAAAGAGGUAAAUGAGAAUAACGAACCUACAUUAGAUUAAUAAAUAGAAGAUUUAUUUAAUUAAAUAGAUUCAAAUAGGAAUGGAUGGUUGGAUCCAAAAGAAUUGAAUAUUGCAUUACUGUAACUAGGAAUAAAUCCUACUCCUUAAGAAUUAGAUUAAUAUUUUAAAGUUUUUGAUAAGAAUCAUGAUGAAAAGAUUUCAAAAAUGGAAUUUAAUGUAAUAAUAAAGGAUUAAUUAAUGAAAGCUAUAUUAUCGACAGAUGAAUUAUUUGCUUAGAUUUAAAGUGAAUAUAAUAUUUUAACAGAUGCAAAUAGAAAUGAAUUAGAUAUGGCUUAAUUAUAAUAAGUUUUUAAAAAAUUAGGAAUAUUAUUAGAUAAUAAUGAUUUAUGUGAUCUUUUUGAUGAAAUAGAUGAAGAUGGUAGUGGAUACAUUGAAUAGGAUGAAUUAAUUAACUUUUUAGAUAAACCAUUUUCUGAACAUUCACCUAAAUCAUAGACUCUUUUAACAAAGAUUAAUAAUUUUAAGAAUCUAUCAAUAACAGGAAUAAGAGAAUUAUUUUAAGGAAUUCCAAAGAAUUUUACAUAUUCUUUUAUUUUUGCAUAAAACAAGAAAGGAUUAAAUACAAUAUCUAGUUGUUUUUCUCCUCAAUUAGAUAAUAGUGGAUUAUUGUAUUAGGAUUUAAAUUUAAUUUAAGCCUAGAAAUACAAUCUUACAAGAUCAUUAAUUGAUAUGUAGAUUAUAACUUAAAAACUAGGACUUAGACACCUCCAUUAGUUUUUUAUGAAAUAAAAUUUCAUUUAGCAGCAGGACUACCAUCACCAGAUGAAAAGAAAUGUGAUUUAAAAUAAUUUAGAUUAAGAGAAGUAGGAAUGUGUUUAUUUGAUAAAGUAAAUUAAAAAUUUAUUGGUAAUACAGUGUUUGUACCAUGUUAAGUAGAUCCAUCAUCACCAGAUAAGUAUUAAAUUUAUCUAUAUUUAUUAUAGAUGGAUAUUUUUAAUUGAAUAUCCAAUAAUAAUUAGAUAUGUACCAACUAAAAAAGAUUAAUAAAUUGUUUUAGUCAUUGAAUUUAUUGCUCAUAUGGAAAAAUUAGGAACUUUAAAUCCAUUAUCAGUAAGUUAUGGAGAAAUCUUAUUAACUAGUAUAAAAAAGGCAGGAAAAUAAAUAAUUUAAAUGAAUGGUAUUUAUAAUUGAUAUGAGUGAGGUGGUUCUCCAUUUAAUUCAAUGGUUAUUGAUCCUUAAUCAAUUAUUUAACCAAAAGGAUUAUUCAAAAAAUAGUUGAAUUAACCAUAAGUUACUAUUGAAUUUAUAGAUAUCGAAUUGAAGAAACCUCCAAUAAUAUAAUUAUAUAGUGUUUUACCAUAGAGUUACUUAUUACCUAAAAGUUGGCUUUAAUUAAUGCAUGACUUUAGAGAAUAUUUUGCAUAUAGAUCUGUAUGUUAAGGAUUCUUUGAUAGUGGAUUACCAGAUUAUAAAAUGAAAAGUCUUUUAGAUUUAUUAGACAUGGCAGAAUGUGGUGAUUAAAUUACAAAUUGGUGGAAUUAAAAUGUUAAAAUUACUAAUUUUAAAGAAAUUAUUAAUUUAGUUGAAGUCUUAUGUUAAAGAGCUUAUUUAACAACUUAAAGAGUUGACUUUUAUCUUAAAGCUUUUCCUCCUGUUUAAAGGAUUAAUCAUAAAUAUUCCAUUUUGGAAAAGAGACGAAAUUGUUUAUAAGAGAUGUUUAGAGAUUUAGCAGCUGUUUUAGGCAAAAGAACAGGAGGGUAAUUAUAUAAGUAACUAAUUUAGACGAAAAAAUGAUAACUACUUUACUAUGGAACCAUUAAUGUUAUCUACUUUAUAAGAAGAUGACAAAUCAACUUUGGAUAAAAUUCUCAAUAGAAGAAGGUUAAAAUGAUAAUAUUAAUUUAAUUAAAU